AUGGGUAUGAUUGUUAUGAAUGUUGCUUCAAGUGGUAUAGCUUCUUUGUUGUUGCCAGGUCGUAGAACAGCACAUUCCAGAUUUUGCAUUCCAUUGCAAACCGAUGAAACAACUACUUGCAACAUCAAACAAGGUAGUUUAAGGGAAAAUUUACUGAUCUGUGCCAAGAUCUUAUGGGAUGAAGCUCCUAUGUUAAAUAAGAAUUGUUUUCAGGCACUUGAUAGGACUUUGCGCGAUAUCAUGAGACAAGAAGAUGAAAGCAACAUGGACAAACCAUUUGGCGGUAAAGUUGUAGUUCUUGGUGGUGACUUCAGACAAAUUCUUCCAGUCAUUCCAAAAGGUGGAAGACAAGGCAUUGUAUCUGUUACAGUAAAUUCUUCUGAUCUUUUGAAAUACUGUAAAUCUUUAAAGCUCACUAAAAACAUGAGAUUACGCACAACAAGUUCACCAGAGCUUGCAACAGAAGAUCUUUUGAUUAUGGAUAGUGAAAAUCCACUUCUUGACCUGGUUGAUUUUGCAUAUCCCAAUUUGGUGCAGAACAUGAAGACUGAGAAGUUUUUUGAAGAACGAUGCAUAUUGUGUCCUACAUUGGAAUGUGUUGAUAAGGUUAAUUAUUUUAUGCUUGAUUUACUACCAGGAAUACCAAAUCACAAAAUUAUAUUGAAGGAAGGUGCUCUGAUAAUGCUAUUAAGAAAUACAGAUCAAGCAACCGGUUUAUGCAAUGGAACGCGGCUAAUAGUGGCUGAUCUUGGAACAAAUGUUAUAAAGGUCACUGUAAUAACAUGA